GAGAAACCCCCAAACCAAAAUCCAUCGACCACGACGAGCUCUUUGGAUCGAAACCCUCUUCAUUCAUUGGUUUUCUCCGAUGGCGUCCGGUGAUGAAGCCAUAGAGAUUGAUUCUCUUGAGAGGAGCUUGUUGAGCGGCGGCAAUGGAGACGAUGAUGAUGGGAUGAUCUUGUAUGAUGCGUCGUUUGAGGAGAUGGAGGAUAACUAUGUCAAUUACCAUACCACCCGAUGGGUUAUCUAUUCUCUGCUUCUCGUUCUGGCGUGGGGAAUAGGGUUGAUCAUGUUGCUUUACUUGCCCAUUUGGAGAUUUGUUCUUAGGAAGGGUUUCCAAUCCAGGAAGCUUUAUGUGUCUUCUGAUUGUAUUGUCUAUAAGGUUACAAAACCAGUGAUCUUUCCUUGCUUUGGGAUUUUCAAGAGGGAGAGGCAUGUCCUACUCCCUUCAGUUGUGGAUGUUGUAGUUGAGCAAGGAUAUCUCCAAUCCUUUUAUGGAAUAUAUUCUGUCAGAAUCGUGAAUGUGGGUGUUAGAAGACCCGCAAGUGAUGGUGUUAAAAUCCUUGGGGUUGCCAAUCCAAGGGCUUUUCGGAAGGCUGUUCUGACACUCCUUGCAAGUAUGAGGAGAGAAAGCUUUAGUCAGCAACCCUAUGCCACUGAAGGCACACACAGUUUUGAUUCUGGACGUCCACAUGGUGCUUUGAUGGCCACAAGAUUCUUAAGAAACAAUGGCCUUUUGCCAUCCACCAGUGAACAUAUACUUCAGAGGCUUGAGCAAGUUGGAAGUUCUGUGAAGAGAGUGCAGGCACUGAUUGAGAAGCAAAAUCAAAAUUCAGAAUCAGAAACCACAAUGUGAAUCAAGAAGAAGCCUUCACAUUAUGUGUAGGUUUUUGGUUUUAACUCUGUUUACCGUUCUGUUGGGCAUGAUCGAAUUAAUGAUGUGGCUUAUGAUACGUCCACAUUUUCACCGAUGUCUUAUUUGCCGUAUUUUUGUACUGUUGUUACUAAGGUUUGUAUAUUUGUAUCUCUUCUGCAGUUGUAUUUUGUACAUGCUCAUGAAUCAAUACUACUUUUGUUUGUGAAACUUUGUGUAAUGUAGCAGACAGUGUAUUUGGUACUC